AAAUGAAUCGUGUAGGUUUUUUUUAUGUAUGAAAACGAUUUCUCUUUCCUGAUUUGUUUGUAAGCAAUAUAUAUGUUAUCAUUUAAUGCAUUUGUGAAACGUGAAAAAUCUCAAGAACUACAGAAAUCAGUUUUUACUUUUUCCAAGAAAUAUUAAUCAAUAUCGGAAUUGCUUGUUUGUUUUGAUAACCAUUUACAAAUUCAAGAUUUUACUUUGUCACUGUGGAGCCACUGUCAGGAUGCACAUCGAAUCAUUGAUGCAAUCCCAAGAUCCAAUGGAUUCCAAUGGCUAACAAAAAUGUUCCCACCGCGCUCCAGGCGCACACGGUACUAGCCCACGCACGUUCUGUGACGUAGAGCGUAGCCCCGCCCACAUAGUUCGCUAAACCAGCAUAUGGAAACAUGGCGGCCCUGGCGACAACUAUUCGGCCAAACUUUAUCACUUAUUUACACGUGAGUCGAAUGAACACCUUUUAGACCCGAGAGGGUUCUCAAGAAUAGUUUGUCAACUGUAUACGUGGGGAACGUUCUGCACGAACAGCCCACACAGCGCUGUAGCGGACCCCAGAGUGGCUACCCCCGAGCCGAGCCGUGAUUCGGGACCGGGUGCCUGGUCCGGGGCUCCGCAGGACGGGGAGAGGGGACACGGAAGUCUGCAAACUAAUUGAACGCUUGUGUUUGAUGGUCAGAAUAAAACUGCUUCUUCAUGACGGGAUGCUGACAUGUUCCAAGGGAUAUCGCCAUGGUUAUACAUGGUUAGUGUCUUGAUGGCGACGCAUCGGUAGCCAACUGUUGACUGUUCCGAAGUGCCUUUUAAAGUGAGUCGCGGUGCAUACCUCCAGCUAACGUUAGCUCCUAGUGCUAUCCCCGUUAUUAGCUUUAAGUAGCCCACUUCGCAAUAAUGUAAACAAAUGGUUGGUUUUUAAUUGUCUUUUCAUAUUAUUUAGUCAGUACACAGAACUAACUUAAUCUGUGUUUAGGGAAUGUUUUACAACUUCAGAUGUGGCCACCAUCAGCAGGGAUUUGAUAUAGCGAGCAGAGAUGUAGUUUUCUUUAAUGUAGUGUUUUUUUCAGGGUUAUUUAUUAAAAGCUAUAGUUAUUAAGUCCACAGCUCUGAAUGCCAUACUUGCCAAACAGCCAAACUCUUCACAUUUGUAAGUAUGAUCUGCAAUGCAGCAUUUAGCAAAAUCUGUUACCUUUACAUGUUUAUUUUAUUGAUUAUAUAGAGAAAAGUAAAGAAUAACGUUAGUCAAAUCCAAUAGCAAAAAACUUGGGCAACCAUGGGCAAUUUAGAACCAGCAUUGCAGUAUCUGGUCCUAAAUGUGACUAUGUCGAAGCAGAGUCACUCCUGUAGCGGUUGUUCUGUGUCACUGAUGGGUAUUGCUUGGUAAUUGGCCUUUCCUUUACUGUAGCUAUAUUUCAACAUUGUGCAAAAGUACUGUGCUCUUAUUUUCCAAAAGCCAUGUCUUUGGAGAACAGGCAUUCAUUCCUACCUUACGCUCAUCCCGGUCUUGAAUGCAUUUGCACUCUUGGAAAGCCAUACAGCGGUCGUGUCGGACAUCAUCCCUGAACCUGGAUGCUUUUCUCCCAGAUGCAAAGACUCAGUAGCCCUCCUCCUCUAUAUGCCACUAAUGUUUGACUAAAAAAGUACAACCACACCGUGCAGGAUUGAUCCUCACUACCUGGACCCAGGAGAGCCUAGACCAAGCCAGGGAAGGAACUUUGGUUUCCCCCAGAACCCCCCCCCCCCGGGCCUAGUGCCUGUCAGACUGUGAGCAGGAGCGCAGGUUGGAGUCCCGGCUGCCGCCUGGCAUCCUGCCCUUAUGGGGCAGCAGCCGGGGAAGUUUGUCGGGGAACAGAGGAGACCCAGUCUGCCUGCCUUCAUCAAGAGCGGGAAGAGGGAGUCGUCACGCCAUGGGCCUCACCAUUGUAACGUGUUUGCUGUGCAUGAAGCUCUGCAGAGACCAGACUUUGAGCCCCAGGGUCUGACUGAAGCGGCCCGCUGGAACUCCAAGGAGAACCUUCUGUCCUGUCCCAGUGAGAAUGACCCCAACCUCUUCGUUGCCCUCUACGACUUUGUUGCUAGUGGCGACAACACCCUCAGCAUCACUAAAGGGGAGAAGCUGCGCGUGCUGGGCUACAACCACAAUGGCGAGUGGUGCGAGGCGCAGACGAAGAACGGCCAAGGCUGGGUGCCGUCCAACUACAUCACCCCCGUCAACAGCCUGGAGAAGCACAGCUGGUACCACGGGCCUGUGUCGCGCAACGCCGCUGAGUACCUGCUCAGCUCGGGCAUCAACGGCAGCUUCCUGGUGCGGGAGAGUGAGAGCAGCCCGGGUCAGAGGUCCAUCUCCCUGCGCUACGAGGGCCGCGUCUACCACUACCGCAUAAACACGGCGUCCGACAGCAAGCUGUACGUGUCGUCAGAGAGCCGCUUCAACACGUUGGCAGAGCUGGUGCACCACCACUCAACGGUGGCGGACGGCCUCAUCACCACCCUGCACUACCCGGCGCCCAAACGCAACAAGCCCACCGUGUACGGCGUGUCGCCCAACUACGACAAGUGGGAGAUGGAGCGCACCGACAUCACCAUGAAGCACAAGCUGGGCGGCGGGCAGUACGGCGAGGUGUACGAGGGGGUCUGGAAGAAGUAUAACCUCACCGUGGCCGUCAAGACGCUCAAGGAGGACACGAUGGAAGUGGAGGAGUUUCUGAAGGAGGCGGCGGUGAUGAAAGAAAUCAAACACCCCAACCUGGUCCAGCUCCUGGGGGUCUGCACACGAGAGCCCCCGUUCUACAUCAUCACAGAGUUCAUGACCCACGGCAACCUGCUGGACUACCUGAGGGAGUGCAACCGCGAGGAGGUGAACGCUGUGGUGCUGCUGUACAUGGCCACGCAGAUCUCCUCCGCCAUGGAGUACCUGGAGAGGAAGAACUUCAUCCAUCGGGACUUGGCGGCCCGGAACUGCCUGGUGGGGGAGAACCACCUGGUGAAGGUGGCGGACUUCGGUCUGAGCCGGCUGAUGACCGGGGACACGUACACGGCCCACGCCGGGGCCAAGUUCCCCAUCAAGUGGACCGCCCCCGAGAGCCUGGCCUACAACAAGUUCUCCAUCAAGUCUGAUGUGUGGGCGUUUGGCGUGCUGCUGUGGGAGAUCGCCACCUACGGGAUGUCCCCAUAUCCGGGCAUAGACCUGUCCCAGGUGUAUGAGCUCCUGGAGAAGGACUACCGCAUGGACCGACCCGAGGGAUGCCCUGAGAAGGUCUACGAGCUCAUGAGAGCCUGCUGGAAGUGGAUCCCUGCAGAGCGUCCAUCCUUUGCUGAGACCCAUCAGGCGUUUGAGACCAUGUUCCAGGAAUCCAGCAUCUCUGACGAGGUGGAGAAAGAGCUGGGGAAGAAGGGGAAGAAGUUGACCCUGGGGCCCCUCCAGCAGGCCCCCGAGCUGCCUACCAAGACCAGGACGCUGCGCAGGAACCACCGGGAUGGAGACAGCCCAGACCCGCUGGACCCCGACGGGGCGGUGUCGUCCCCCAUGCUGCCCAGGAAGGAGCGGCCUGCGGUGGACGGCCCGCUGAACGAGGACGACCGCCUGCUGCCCAAGGACAAGACACGAAGCAGCGGCUUCCUCAGCCUCAUCAAGAAGAAGAAGAAGAACGCCCCGGCCCCGCCCAAACGCAGCUCCUCCUUCCGGGAGAUGGACGCCCACGUGGAGAGGCGGGGCCAGACGGCCGACCAGGCCCGCGACACCGACGGCUUCAGCAGUGACCAUGACCCCCUGAGGUUAUUGUCGCUGAACAACAACGGCUCGCCCGGCUGUGUCACCAACGGGGCCCCCUCCUACCCCGGGCCCCUGUUCCCCAGGAAGAAGGGGGGCCCUGCAGCACCCGGCCAGGCCGUCAAGGGGCCCGGAACGCCCCCUGGCGAGGAGGAGCUGGUGUCCAACUCCAAGCGCUUCCUGCGCUCCUCCUCGACCUCCGGCCUGCAGCCCGGCCCCCCGGGGAGUGAGUGGCGGUCAGUCACGCUGCCCCGGGACCCCGGCCACCGCCACUUCGACUCGUGCACGCUGGGGGGCAAGCCGGCACUGCCCAGGAAGAGGGCCAGCGAGCAGAAGGGGGAGGGGGACCCUAGGAGGGGCGCCCUCACCCCUCCUCCCCGCCUGCCCAAGAAGGGGGAGGAGCCGGGGGAGGAGGUGUUCAAGGAGCCGGACCCCGGCGCCUGCCCCCCCCACGCGCUGACGCCCAAGCCGGUGCGGCGGCCGGGGGGGCUGGAUUGCUCCCGGACCAGCGCCCUGCAGGCGGAGCUGCUGAAGCCCAACGUCUUCCCCGCGCUGGGCGCCGCCGCCGACGAGUGCCGUCUCCGCAGGAACAGACACGGGGACGCCUCCCUCAGGGAGAGGGGCAAGUUCAGCAAGCCCAAGCCGGCGCCUCCCCCUCCCCCGGCGUCCAGCUCAAAACCGGGCAGGGCCCCGCGGAGCCCCAACCAGGAGCCCCCGUCCCCCUCGGAGGGCAAACCCAGGAGCCCUCUCUUGGAGGCCUCCCCUUUUACCGACCCACCCCGCACCAAACUGCCCCUGGGCUCCGGCGGCGCCAAACCCCAGACCUCCAGGAGCUCCUCCGCCUCGGUGUCGGCCUCCGUCUCCUCCCAGAGCCUGGGGGGCUUCUCCUCCUCCCCGCCGGGCGAGCCGCCCAGCGGCCCCACGCCCGCCUUCAUCCCCCUCAUCACCACGCGCCGCUCCCUCCGCAAGACGGCGCCGCGGCAGCCAGUGGAGCGGGCGGCCAGCUGGGCGGUGACCCGGGACAUGGUGCUGGAGGGCACGGAGCUGCUGCGCUGCGCCAUCGGACGCAACUCGGAGCAGACGGGCAGCCACGGCGCCGUGCUGGAGGCGGGCAAGAACCUCUCCAAGCACUGCAUCAGCUACGUGGAGUCCAUCCAGCAGAUGCGGAACAAGUUUGCGUUCCGCGAGGCUAUCAACAAGCUGGAGGGCAGCCUGCGCGAGCUGCAGAUCUGCCCCGCUGCCUCCGGGGGCGCCAGCGGGCAGCAGGACUUCAGCAAGCUGCUGUCCUCCGUCAAGGAGAUCAGCGACAUCGUGCAGAGGUAGCGCUCAGCCCGGGGAGGGGCCGCAGCCGCACGCAGGGGAAGACCACGGGAAACUUGAACGCUGGGCGCUAGCGGCUAACUGUAUGCAACGCCCCCCCCCCCCUUUCUGUUGGCUAGCUGUGUUUACUAGUGUCGGUUUCCGUCUGAGAGUGGGGGCCUGUGCUCACAUAAUGGUGGAGGGGAGGGGGAAGAGUGUCAACAGAACAAGGAACACCAAAACAUGUCUGCUGUGGUACUGUGUGUGGGAACCAGUCCCCCUGAGGGGGUCAGAGUCAUGAGAGCUUUAACUAUGAAUGGACCUCACAUCCUCUUGAUCAUUAGGUGAUCAUUGAGGGUCAAUCAAUGUUUCUUAGAAGGUUUAGGUCGUUCCUCCAGGGAGCCCAGUGCCGUUCUGUUUCAAUGUGCAAACACAACCCUGAACCUCCGAGCAAUGAGAUAGACUUGUGACAUUCAAACGCUGUUUGAGUUUUUAGUUCUUUCAAACCUGGGAGAUGUCCUGAUGUCAUGAGCUACUCUUAGAUUAUUGUUUUUUAUAUUUGCAUAUUUUUAUUUUACAACUUCCCCUGACUUUGUACCCUGUCCCCUCCUCGUGUGGUCAGAGAUGUCCAGCCAGUAUUCGGUGCUCAUUGCACCAUCAUCCAUCAAGGGUUGAUGGACAGAUGCAAACAAGGUGUAUUGACACCUUUGGGGGAAAAAACCAACGUAUAUAGAUAUAUCGCUGCACAAUAUGGAAAUGAUUAGAGCCAAAUAGAGCAGUGGUGUUAACCAUUCUAGCGAUGAGGGAGCAGAGCUCCACCACUGACUGUCAAAGUGCCUGAUUGAUGUUCUCCGACUGAAUCUCCUGUUUUACAACUUUUAACUUUUGUUUUAUUUUUAGUUUUUUUACGAAACUAGCCACUUCGAGCCGAAAGUAGCAGAGUCGGUGAGGUGGCUGCAUUCCAGUGUCUCAUAACAGAGCAGGUGGUCAACCGAGGAUGACCGGACAUCACGUGGCCUUAAUGCUGUUUCUACCCCAGCAGACUGGACAGAAAUUAACCUUAAAUGAUGACACGUACGUGUCACUCGCUGUCUUAAAGACUGAACCUUAAAGUGAGAAGCUCACCGGCAGACUCAACAUAAACUCAUUCCACUGUAACGUCAAACUUUCCUUUUUGUACUGCAUCUCCUGUCUGAACCAUGAUGUUGUACGUAUUGAUGCUGUAACACACGUGCCCUCUCUGACUGCGAUGCCUCUGGACGGACCAGCUGCCCGGCCCUGGUCAACGUGGACCUAUGGUAUUGAUUGCCUUUACCAAUAAUGCCACUAUUUUUGUUUAGUAACCGAGCCUCCUCACUUACUCGUUUUCUCUGUAAAUAGUUUUUGCUUUGUUCCCUUUUAGCCUUUGUGCAAUUUUUGUUGCAAUAAAGUAAACAUGAACUGUUACUUGAAAACCAA